AUAAACUAUUGAUAAAUGUAUUCUCCCAUAUUCCUCCUCCAGGUUUCCUCGCCCAGCUGCGACUCCCAGGGCCUGCAGGCCGAGGAGGCUCCGACCUCGAACCCAGAGCCCCGUCACUCAAACCGUUGCGCGGGACUGGCAGUGCGCCGCCUCCUGCCUUACCCCUCCCCUCGUGUCGCGGGUGAAGACAGAGCAGCAGGGCAACCAAUCAGAAGCCUCGCCCUAUUCGGUGGUGUGCACCCUGUGGCCAAGCGCUUGUGGGAGGGCAGCAGCAGCCGAGACGGGGGUGGAGGGGCUCAGGUGGAGGUGGGUCCAGGAAGCCGCCCGCUUUCCCAGGACUCCGUGCGAGGGAGUGCCAUCCAGAGCUCGGGGGCGCUGGCAAUGGCCAUGGGGAUGGGCGCCAGCGGGGCGGGGAUAGGAUCAGGGGUCGGGGGUCACGGCAGCGGGUCCAACGGGAGUGUGGUCUCCAUGGGCAACGUGGCAUCGGAGGGCGCCAAGCCCGGGCACGAUGAGCGCCUCACCAGUGACUCGCCUAUCAGUUACCAUGACGAGGAGGAAGAGGAGGAGGUGACGGAGGAGCAGACGGAGGAGCAGUACAGGCAGAUCUGUAACAUGUAUACCAUGUACAGCAUGCUCAACGUGGGCGCUGCAGCUGGUGAGCGUGUGGAGGCCCUGCCAGACCACUCAGAGACCCGGGGUCGUAUGCGGGGUCGCCAGACCUGUCGUCUCUCCCCGCUGAGCUCAUCACACAGAUAGGCAACCGCUGCCACCCCCAAACUAUACGAGGAGGGGGACCCGCAGAGAAACUUGAGCUUGUCUCAGGUCAGUGUGUGUGGAUCCAUUCUGUCAUUUCAGAACUGGAGUAGGAGAACGGUCAGAGAAGGGUCUAGGGACCGAAAGUGGAAUGUGGCCUUGUUUAAAGAUGUGCUAUUUAAUUUGACAGCAGGAAACUAAUCCUGCAGCAACAGGAAAUGUGAAAUUAUUAUGAGGAUUAUAAUGAAUGGACAUGUUGUAGGGGUUGAUAGAUUUUUCGUUAAGGCGAAUCAAGUCUGAAUGUUAAAAUGAAGCCUUUUUAACCUUGAAUACACUAGUUUGCAUUUUCUCUUCAACAACAGAGUGUUCAACUGAAGAUAGUACACAACUUAUACCCUGAGUGUACAAACAUUAAGAACACCUGCUCUUUCCAUGACAGGCUGACCAGGUGAAUCCAGG